CGGAGGUUUCCAUCGAUGUCAUCAUGGACCUGCUGCUAUAUGUACAUGUGGACGAAGAUCACUUUGUGAUCCCGUCGACGGCCCAAGAGACUAUCCUGGAUGUGAUCCAGCGCUCUGAAGCCGCCUAUGCGUCUCUCUUCCGCAUGAAACCUCCAUUAACGAUCGACGCCAUGAAGAAUGACGAAGGGUGCUUCUUGCCGUCGUCGUUGUGUGUGGGUCAAAUCCUGCGUAAUGGCGCGCAUGUGUAUGUGGUCAUGCAUUCACCAGGUCCGCCAACCGACAACUCAACCGACGACAUCUCUCGGCUGUGUGCCACGUGGGGGCAAUGGCAGAUGUACUUUGCUCAAGCAUUAUGUGCCUUCGCUCAACGACACAACGACGCCAUGGUUCACACGGCCACAUUGGUCUCGUUGGACUUGGUUUCGCACUUGUCGUCGUUGUGCUGCUCAUCCAAUGCCCCAAGUAUGUUGUUAGGAAGUAGUGCAAACACAAGGUGACUGCUGCUUAAUCCGUCGUAGUUCUCCACUUGGCUCUCCAUUGCAUCAAGCAUUGGAUGCACGCGAUACAGAUCGAGGACUCGACCACCCUUUUCCUCCAGCUGUUGUCUUCCAAACGAGUGCUGAACGAGCCUACGUUGCUGACCUAUGUCCUGGAGCUGAUUGAUGCGUUUGCCAGGUCUAGUCGCGAGGCUCAAUUGAGUUUGGUUGCGCUAGACAUCAACACCCGCCUUCUGCACAUCUCAGACACACAUCAUCCCCACAUCAAAUCAGCCAUCGAGCCAAUUAUUGCUACCUUGCACGCGUUGUCUUUUCGCCAACGACACAAACCAGUAUCACCCUCGGCUACGUCUCCACCUCCCAUGGCGAUCCAGGAGCUCCUCUUUUGUAUGCAUGGUAAGCAGCGACACAGCCAAGACGUAGCCACGCAGCAACUCCUCCUCCUCUCCGAAUCCCGCGACGCGUGGCGCGCCGCAGUCAACGGCGCCGACGGUCCUCUGUUUGCCGAGCUACUGCACCUCGCCACCACGGCUACCACACCCACCGACACUUCGUUUGCCGAGACGCUUCUCACGCGCGUUCUGCAGACUAUGGUCAAUGUUAUCUCGUUUCAACCUGACAUUCUCCUUGUUCCCGACCCGAACGCUAUCGACUCUCUCGUCGCCAUUGGGCAGCCAGCUGCGUACUCUGAACCCAUUACGAGUCUGGCGGCAACCGUCCUACGUCAUGUCCUUGAACGACAAGGCCACUUGGGCUACACCAACGUCGCAGGGCUAGUAGGACUCCUUCAGAGCUCAGCACAAUCCGUCGGCGCGGCGGCGCUUCUGGCGGCACUGGACGGCAAGGCCAAGGUGAAUCCAUCGCACACACAUGACAUGGUUCUGCACGAAAUGUGCACGUGCCACGUAUCGGCACUAGUCGACGCCAUGUACGUGUCGGAUGUGCCCACUCGGGUGGCAGUGCUCCAAGUCCUCAACGUGUUGCUGCAAGACGAGGACGUCCGACAGCUCGUGGUGGCCGACCUCGGCUGCAUCCCCGCGUUUGUAUCCAUCUUUCUGGACAUUGGAGCUAUUGAAGGCCAGCGCCAAGCUGCCAAAGUCCUCUCCAAGAUCGCGCUUUCAAGUCCUGCCCGUCGACAAGACGUGGUCAAUGCCAUGGAGUACGUGGUGUCGAGGGAAGCAUUUUCCGACUCCGUCGUGACGUUCUACCUCGACUUGAUCCUCCCACCUCAACCACCACAGCCGCCUUCUCGAUGAUACAUACUCCCACGAUAGUCAAACGCGGCGGUUACACCUAGUGGCGGUUUCGCUUUCGAUCUGAGCUAUUAUUAAUAAAAAUCCCUCGUUUUGUCCUA